CAUGAAAAUUCCCAUUUUUUUGUAGUAGACAGAUGACGAAACAGAUGGCAUUCGAAUCUGCUAGGGCUGCGGCUGUUACGCCAUGGACGAAGAAAGUCAUUAUCCAAAGGAUGCAAAAUAACAUCGACAAUAUUUCGGAACCAUUGCUUAUGCCAGUAGUGAAAAUCGAGAAACGAAAAUCUGAAAACAAUAAUGCAGGGGAUGGUUUGAUGGAAUACGAACUACCAAUGGAUUCUGAUUGGGAAAUACCAAGGGAAUUAUUGACCUUAGGAAAAAGUUUAGGCGAAGGUGCUUUUGGAAAAGUUGUGAAAGCUGAAGCGCAGGGUCUUCUGAAGCCUAGUAUACAAUGUGUAGUCGCCGUGAAAAUGCUCAAAGGUAAUUUUAUAUCUGCAACACAUUUUACUACAUAUGUAGGUUGUUCCAGCAAUAACCCAGCGAGCACAAACAUCCCUGGGAUGUUUUGGGAUGUUUCGAAAAUGUUGGCAUGAGGAUGUUUCUUUGAAACG